GUUUCUUUCCUAAGCAUUCGUUCGAUCAAGACUGUGGUGUAUAGAUUACAGAUGCAAUAAUACAAUACAUUAACUUCGUAUUGGAUGUACUCCUGGACUGUUUAUCAACAAGGAUUCAAUUUCAUUAUCACUGGUGUCUGAAGAAGAGGGAUUCAUUGGAAAUCAUUGCAUUUGUAAAUCACCCUGGAGGGCUGCCAGAUUCUACUUCCCAAAUUGUUUCCCGGCAAUUUUAUGCAGGCCACGAUUCUCAAACCUUUAUUUUUGGAACUCAGGACUUAUUUGUGGAUUAUUGAACAAAUCUUACAGAGGACUAAACACUGAUAGAUACUCAAAAUGUAUGCGAUAAGGACGUAUAGAAAUAUUCUAAAAGGAUGUUUGAGAUCUACAUGGGGCAAAGGAUUGAUGGCCAUUAGGCCUCAACAAACGGCAGCAGUUGUGGCCAAAGAACCGUUUUUGAAUGGAAACAGCAGCAAUUACGUGGAGGAUAUGUACGCAUCUUGGCUUGAAAAUCCAAAGAGUGUUCAUAAAUCUUGGGAUGCAUACUUCAGAAAUGUCAAAGGAGGUAUGCCACCGGGUCAAGCCUAUCAACCCCCUCCUGUAUUGGGACAACAGACUGGUGCUUUGGCCUCGACUGUAUCAGUACCAUCUGCCGUGGAUCAAUCAAAAAUUAAUUCCCUUGUAAACGAUCACCUUGCAGUGUAUUCAUUAAUCAGGUCAUAUCAGACUCGAGGUCACAGAAAGGCAAAGCUUGAUCCUCUAGGUAUUCUACAGGCUGGCUUGAGUGAAGAUGUCCCAGUAGAUUUACAAAUGGAAUACUGGGGCUUGGGAUCACAAGAUCUGAAUAAGGUUUUCCAACUGCCAAACACAACAUUCAUUGGAGGGGAAAACAUACAAGCCAUGACAUUGGGAGAAAUUGUUAACAAACUUGAGGAUACCUACUGUAACCACAUUGGUUUGGACUUCAUGUUUAUCCCUGAGAAAUACAAAUGUGACUGGAUCAGGAAAAAAUUUGAAACUCCUGGUAUGAAUGCCUUGUCAAAAGAAGAGAAGAGAACUCUAUUGGCCAGGAUUGUUAGGUCAACUGGAUUUGAAGCCUUUCUGGCCAGAAAGUGGUCGUCAGAGAAGCGCUUUGGACUUGAAGGAUGUGAAGUUUUGGUGCCUGCCAUGAAAACAAUCAUUGAUUUAUCCAGUGAACUUGGUGUAGAAAGUGUAGUCAUGGGAAUGCCACAUAGAGGAAGACUUGAUGUUCUUGCUAAUGUCUGCCGCAAACCCCUUGAACAGAUUUUUACUCAGUUUGAUCCUACCUUGGAGGCCUCAGAUGAGGGCUCAGGUGAUGUGAAAUACCAUCUCGGCAUGUCGCAUGAACGACUAAACAGAGCUACCAACAAAAUCAUUAGAAUGGCAGUUGUUGCUAAUCCAUCUCAUCUUGAAGCUGUUGACCCUGUGGUGCAAGGAAAGACAAGAGCUGAGCAAUUCUACAGAGGUGAUGCUCAAGGAAAAAAGGUGAUGAGCAUAUUGCUGCAUGGGGAUGCUGCCUUCUCUGGUCAGGGUGUUGUAUACGAGACAUUCCAUCUCAGUGCCUUACCACAUUAUACUACCAAUGGUACUAUACACAUUGUGGUCAAUAACCAGAUUGGCUUCACAACUGACCCAAGAUAUGCUCGCUCAUCACCUUACUGUACUGAUGUUGCAAAGGUGGUAGAUGCUCCUAUUUUCCAUGUCAAUGCUGAUGACCCAGAGGCUGUUGUUCAUGUCUGUAAAGUGGCUGCAGAAUGGAGGGCAGAAUUCAACAAAGAUGUGGUUAUUGACUUGGUAUGUUACAGAAGGAACGGUCAUAAUGAAGGUGACAACCCCAUGUUCACUCAGCCACUAAUGUACCAUCGUAUUGCAAAGCAAGAGCAAGUACUAAACUUGUACUCCAAAAAACUCAUUGAAGAAGGAGUAGUUACUAAAGAAGAAGUUCAGGAAGAAAUUGCAAAAUAUGAAAAGAUCUGUGAAGAGGCUUACUUUGAGGCCAAGUCUGAUAGAAAGCAACUGAGAAACAAGGACUGGUUGGACUCGCCUUGGAAGGGAUUCUUUCCCAAGAACUACGAGAUGACACCAAUCAAGCCAACAGGAAUCAGUCUUGAUAAGCUCAAACACAUUGGUAAGGUAAUGAGUACUCCACCUGAGGGAGACUUCAAGACCCAUGGAGGUCUGAAGCGUAUUUUGAGAGGCCGUGCUGAGCUCCUUGAGAAGGGUUAUGUUGACUGGGCUAUGGGAGAGGCUUUAGCAUUUGGAUCAUUGCUGCUGGAUGGCAUACAUGUCAGGCUCAGUGGACAGGAUGUGGAGAGAGGAACAUUCAGUCAUCGUCACCACAUUCUUCACUGCCAAUUAAAGGAUAAACUGCUGUACUGUCCUUUGAAUGACUUGAGUGAAGAGCAAGCUAUUUAUACUGUAUGCAACAGCUCACUGUCAGAGUAUGCAGUACUCGGCUUUGAGCUUGGAUUCAGCAUGACAAAUCCUUAUGCCUUGAUCUGUUGGGAAGCCCAGUUUGGUGACUUCAUGAACACUGCACAGUGCAUUAUUGACCAGUUCAUCAGUAGCGGCCAAGACAAGUGGGUCAGACAGACAGGAUUGGUUUUACUGUUACCGCAUGGCUAUGAAGGAAUGGGACCUGAACACUCUAGUGCAAGGCCAGAAAGAUUCCUGCAAAUGAGUAAUGAUGAUCCAGAUUACUUCCCACCUGAAGGAGAAUUGUUCGAAGUGAACCAGCUCCACAGUGCAAAUUGGCAGGUGGUGAAUUGCAGUACUCCUGCAAACUAUUACCAUGUGCUUAGAAGACAAAUGGCUAUGGAUGUGCGCAAGCCACUGAUAAUUUUUACUCCUAAAAGCUUACUUCGUUUGGAAGCCGCAAGAUCUCACAUUGACGAAAUGAUUGGAGAUAAAUCAUUCCAAAGAAUUAUUCCAGAUAAUGGUCCAGCUUCAAGUAACCCAGAGAAAGUACGAAAACUGCUCCUCUGCACAGGAAAAAUCUACUACGAGUUACUGAAGGAGCGCAACAAGAGAGGCUUGGAUGAAGACAUUGCCAUAACUCGUGUGGAACAGAUCAGCCCAUUCCCUUUAGAUUUGAUCAAGGCUGAACAUAUCAAGUAUGACAAUGCCAAGAUUGUGUGGGCUCAAGAGGAGCCAAAGAAUAUGGGAUACUGGGCAUAUGUCAAACCCCGUAUUGAAACAGCAGUCAAUAAACAGGUGGAAGUAAGUUAUGCUGGUCGUUCAACUGCUGCUUCAACAGCUACUGGAAACAAGCACCAACACAUCUCUGAACAAGAAAAUUUGAUUGAUGAAGCUCUGGCUUAAACCCUUUACUAUGUCUCCCUUUUUUCUCUUUCUCUGCCUUAUUUUCUGAUGACCGAAAUACAGUAUAUCAGUUCUUAAAUGGAGUAACAUAAAUUUAAAUAUAGGAGUUUGUUGUUCCUCUAGAUUUUAUUUUACUGUAGAUAUGUAAUGCAGCAUGAUUUUGAUCAUUUUAUGGAGAAAUACAAAACUCAGUAUAUAGGGAUUGAGAGCAAAAGCAUUACUUAGUAAUGCAAGACGAAUAAGUAAACAUAAAUUGCAAUAUAGAUGGUGAAUUAAUUGUAUUAAGAAAAUAGCAAAAAUGAGAUACUCCAACGAUAUCACUUUGAAAAUGUGUAUGUGUUUGCUUAAACAUGAUUAUCAGAAACACAAGAAAGCACAGCAAUUUACUAUGAAUAUGCAGCUUCUAGCAAUGCUUACCAAUGCCAAGUGCUAUAGACACCUUGCAUAUGAUGUCAAAGCAGCUCAAUCUGGGGGUCAAAAUAAAAGAAGUCCCUUAUCUUGAGGAUUGAAAUCUUUUAUGAAUUUUAAUGUUUAAUUGUUUUGACCCCCAUGUAGGGAAUUAGUGCAAGGGGUCUCUAAUCAGUGCCACCCCCCACAGCUGCAUAAGAAUGAGUGCCGCCCCUCACAGCCACAUAAGAAUGAGUGCCGCCUCUCACAGCUGCAUAAGAAUGAGUGCCGCCCCUCACAGCCACAUAAGAAUGAGUGCAGCUCCUCACAGCUUAGUCUCUUCUGCAGCUUUCAUUAGUUUCAGUCUUAGAUCCUCAAUCCCCUUUCCACUAACUCCACUGCUCACUUAGUACUUCAUUCCUUUCCAUUGGGUUGGUUUCAUCGGGUUGAGUGGGGAGGGCCUGUGAGGAUCUGGGACUGAAACUAAUGACUGCGGAGAAGACUACUCACAGCACAUACAGUACUACUUUUAAUGACAACCACAGGUAUAUGAAAAUAAAUCAUUAGUUAAAUACUCUA